ACUCCAUUAGCCAGCCACUGCCACACAACCUCAUGAAUUUGUGUGGCGAAGAAUUUAGAUAGCCCUCGUCUCAAAUCCUCUUCUUCUCUCCAAUCCAAUCCUCAGACUGAGCUGAGACACACAUCCUAAUCACCAAGCAGUAGCCAUGGCAAACAUGAUUAUGGCUUCCACCAAACCUUUGGUUCCAGUCUACACCAAUUCUCGUUCUCCCACACCCAAACUUCCUAUUCUCCAAAUUUCACUCCCCAAAGUCCCAACCCUUAAACUGAAACUCCCAAUAUCCAAGCCCCAGAUGCUAUCCCUCCUGGGCGGAAUAGCACCACUGAUUUUGGCUCAGCCCUCCCUCGCAAGCGAAAUAGAGAAAGCUGCACUAUUCGACUUCAACCUGACCCUGCCCAUUAUAAUGGUAGAGUUUCUGUUUCUGAUGGUUGCGCUGGACAAAAUAUGGUUCACCCCACUUGGGAAAUUCAUGGACGAGAGGGACGCGGCGAUCAGGGAGAAGCUAAACAGCGUGAAGGACACGUCGUCGGAGGUUAAGCAGCUGGAGGAGAAGGCGAAUGCCGUGAUGGCGGCUGCUCGGGCGGAGAUUGCGGCGGCGCUGAACGCGAUGAAGAAGGAGACGCAGGCGGAGGUGGAGCAAAAGAUUGCGGAGGGAAGGAAGAAAGUGGAGGCUGAGCUGCAAGAGGCUCUGGCUAACUUGGAGAGGCAAAAGGAAGAAACCAUCAAGUCCCUUGAUUCCCAGAUUGCAGAUCUUAGCCAGGAGAUUGUUAAAAAGGUUCUUCCCGUUGCUUAAUAUAUGUAUGUAAUUUUCAUUUCAAUCCCCCCACCCCCCACCAAAGAAGAAUUGAUAGUUUCUACCUUUUCUCCUUUGGAUGUGCCUCUUGUUUAAUCGCUACACUGUUCAAUGUAAAAUCCGAUAUUCACGUA